CAGAUCUAGGAUAACAGAGCGCGCCGAAAAGUUUCCAUCUUCCAGUUUGACCACUGAAAUGAAUGUACAGUGAUUACUUGUCCAUAAAAGCAUGGAACCUCUUAAAACUUCAUUGGUAUCUGAAGAACAAACUUCUACAGAGAUUGAUGAUCGACAUUAUUCAUUGCAAGCUAAGCAAGAAGACAUUCAAAAAAGAACUUUCACAAGCUGGGUGAACUCACAACUAGAAAAGCAUCCAUCACCUUCUCUUAUCUUGGACUUGUAUUCAGACAUUGGGAAGGGACAUGUGCUUUUGGAUCUACUGGAGGUCCUUUCCGGACAACAAUUGUCACGUGAAAAGGGAUCGAACACUUUCCAACGCAGAAGCAACAUUGAAAAUGCCUUAACCUUCCUGAAGAAUAGAUCACUGAAACUUAUAAACAUCCAUGUUGCUGAUAUCAUAGAAGGAAAACCAUCCAUCGUGCUUGGUCUCAUAUGGAUCAUUAUAUUGCAUUUUCAUAUUGAAGAAUUAGCCAAGGCUCUUUCUUGUGGAUACAGCCAUUCAUCUCUGGACAGUCCAAGCACUGGGGAUUUAUCACCAGCAAUGAGCCCAACAGCUAGAACUAAUGUCAAAGCAAAGGAACGAUGGAAGAUAUCAGCGAAGAAGGCUGUCCUGCUAUGGGCUAAGGAACAGUGUGACAAGCAUGGGUCUAUCAACGUUGCGGAUUUCAAAUCCAGUUGGAGGAAUGGAUUGGCUUUCUUAGCCAUCAUUCAUGCAUUAAGGCCAGGCUUGGUUGAUGUGGAGAAAGCAAAAGAGAGAUCAAACAAGGAGAAUCUGAGAGAGGCGUUUCAAGUAGCAGAGAAGGAACUCGGGAUACCCCGGCUGCUUGAACCUGAAGAUGUUGAUGUCAUCAGUCCAGAUGAAAAAUCCAUCAUGACUUAUGUGGCUCAGUUUCUCCAGUAUUUUAAAAGUUUACCUGUGGCUGAAGAUAGAAUGCAGGAAAAAAUCAAAGAGACUUUGAGCUGGCUCAAUGCACAGGAAUGCAAGUUAACAAAGUUGCUGACUGAGCUAGAGAAUGCAUCCUUCUACAGGAAGUUUGAAGCAAUGCUAUCAUUUACAGAAGCAUUUAAUGAAGAAAAAAAACGCUUCCUUCCCAUCCUGGAAUCUAAAAGAAAAGGGUCAGACCUGAAUGAAGAUUACUUGGAGAUGAAGGAGGCAUGGGAUAACCUAUCGCAUCAGAUGAAUGAAUGGAAAGCAAAGCUGGACAAUAUGUUACCUCCACCUCUGGAUGCCAUUGAGGCUUGGCUGAAAGAAACAGAGCAGCAUCUGGUACACAACCUACCCAUUUCUCAAGAUCAUUUGAAAGCAACAGCUGCCCUUGAAGAAAAAUUAAGAGCUGUACAGAAUUUGAUGGAAAGUUUUCAACAACAUUUGGAAACCCUCCAGUCCUUUGACAAUAGAGAUAAUGCUGGAAUGCUGGUAGUUCCACCUCAGAAGCUGGAAGAAAUGAGAAAAAGGUUCAGCAAAGUUCAACUUGAAAAUUUCAGCAUUAUUGUGGAAUACUACUGCUCAUCCAGCUCAGCUGUCUUCAACGAACUGACAUCUAAACUGAACAUCUGGCACAUCAAGUUUGGAACCAAGGAAACUGUGGAGUUAUUGCAAUUAGAUUGGCAUAAUUUUAUUGAAGAAAAAGGUUUUCCUGGUCAACUAGACACUGCAUUACAAGUAUGCGAAGCACAGAAAAAUAAAAUGAUAAAGGCUCCUAAUUUGGAAAUUGAUCCUGAAGAAAUAGCCAAAUUGUUUAAGAUGACAGAAGUUCAGGUUGCCAAGUGCAGAGAGUACAUUAAUAAUGUGAAUGAUACCUUGAAAAAAGUUUUAUCGUCUUGGGCUAUCUAUAUGGAGAACAUCCAGUUGCUAAAACCUUGGCUGGAAGAGACUCGAAAAGACCAUCUUAAGAAGAUCUCCCCAGAAACUUUGGCAGCCUGGAAUUCACGGCAUGGUUCCUUGAACGAAGCUGGAAACUUUUUGAUUGAAUCCAGCAAUGCAGAAGUGGGAUCAUCUGUUUCCGGAGAAUUGAAAAAAUUGAACAGAAAAUGGGCUAAGCUUAUAAAGAAGACAAAGUUUGAAAUGAAAUUGUUGAGGAUGCAAGAGGAAGAAACAAUGUUAAUAACAGAUAAUAAUGGAACUGUUGAGACUUCUAGGAAAUCCAAUCCAGACAUGUUUAGUAAUCCAGUGGAACCCUCAAAGGAGCUUCCUAAAAUGUGCUUUGAAAAGGCAGAGAUUGUUCCUAUUAGCCUUCAGACAGAUCCAUGUACACCAGAUGAGUUUUCCUCAGAAGAUGAGGACAAGCUAAACUUUGAGAAAGCUCACAAGGAACUUGAAACAAUUGUUCUAAAAGCCAUGCAUCUUGUAGGCCAAAAAACAAUUUCUGAAGAACCACGUUCAAAAUAUGAAGAGGCUUUUAGCAUCUUGGAUACUAACAUUCUUAGCAAGUUUUUGAAAGCAGCAGAACAGCUGAAAAGCAUUUUAUCAGCUCAUGAAAAGGCACUUGUGGAGGAAAGGAGCAAAGAUGUUUGUGAGAGAUGGGAGGCUGCUCGCUGUGAAAUCAUGUCUUAUAUUCACCUGAAAUUGAAAAUUGAAAGAGAGAAGUUCAAUAAGACUUUUUCAAAUCUCAAUAAGCAGAUUAAGAAAGAGAAGAAACUGCUCAAUUCUGGGAAAACCAAAGGACUUAUUGAGGAGCAUGAGGCCUUCUUUUCUCAGCAAGGUAGCCUGGGUGAGCUUAACACUUGCUUGCAAGCUUUGAAAACAAUGAGUGAUAAAAUAACCAAAGUGGAAAAGGAGUCCAAAAUAAAGCUGCCAAUUGCAGAAUAUGAGCAAAAGGAAAAAGAACUUCAAAAAUGCGCAGCAACUAUUUACAAUGAGUUGGUAUCUAGGACUGGCGAUGACCAUUCACCUGAGAAAGGAGAGUUUACAUCUGCUUCAGUCAAUGAAGAGAAGGUAUCAUCUCAGAAUCCUGAAGCUGAAAAGGAUUCAGAAGAUGUUUCUUGUAUAAAAUUGGAAUCAGAAAAGGAAUUGCAAAAUGGCAGACACCACACAGAAAAGUUGGAAAGUGAUGGAGACCUGGCCUUAAAAAAAUUAAAAGAAAGCUAUGACGCAGCAAGGCAUAAUCUGAAGCUUCACCUAAAGAGCAUCAGGGAGACUAUAACUCCGUCUUUAACUGAUGAUGUGAGAAACAUUUCUUCCCUUAAGAACAAAUUGCAAACACUGGAAGCUUUAGAAAGCAAAGGUAAUUCUUCCUGGAAACUCUUUGAUUCUGUGGCUUCACAGUUAGUAAAGUUCUCAAGUGAGAUGGACUUGGAAGAUUUGCACAAAGAAUGGGAUGAGCUCCAGUUUGCUUUAGAUAAAAGGAUGGAAUCUUUAAAGGCUGCUUUGGCCCUUGUUAUGCCAAUAGAAAAUGAGUGGGUCUUACUCUGCAGAUCAGAAGAACAGCUUUGCAAAAGAGACAUUCCACGUUUUGUGAUGAGUAAAACUGAUCUUCUGUACAAGAAAGUGAAGAAAAUUCAGGCAUCUAUAUCAAAUUGCAUUGAACAAUGCAACAGCCAAGAACUAAAGAGCCCUGCAGGAUGGACAAUUGACCAAAGAGAUAGGCAGGCCAUUGGUUUAAUGAUCAGCGAGUAUAAAAUACAGUUAGAAGAACUGAGUCAAAAGAUACAAGCCAUUGAAACAGUCUUGCAAGAUUUUGAAAGUUUUCUGGCUUCCCUGAGACGUAUUCAAUGUUCUAUGGAUGCCUCUACAUCGCUCAGCUGGUCUCCACAGUCGAUGGAGGAGGUUUCACACCUGGAGAAAGAGGCCAAGUCUCUAGAUGAGAAAUUGAAGCAACUUCAUAUCUAUUUGGUAGAGGCUGAAAGUGAUAAAAAGAUAGGCUGUGAAGAGUUCGUAGCAGCUUUACUUGUAAAAGAAUUCCCCUCUAUUAGUUCUGAAGCAACUCAGAGUCAAAAAACUGAAGAAUUUUCCUUAAGGAAUAAUGAGCUAUUUAAAAAUCUUCAAGAUAUAUAUGAUUCAAUCAGUGUGAUAGGCUUGAAGGACCCAACAAUUCCUGCUAUUUCACAAAGGUUGAAGUUGCUUGAUGAACUGUGGAAAAAGCUGGAUCGCUGUGCUCCAGAAAUGAAAGCCUUGAAUGAGAUUAGUCAAUUUUCCCAGUUGCCAAAAGCCCAGGAGAAUGAAGUCAGUCAGCAGUGGAAACUUACGCAGGACCUAUGGAAGAAGACUAAAGUUGCCAUUACGGAAAAGCGUGAGUACUGUAAAAGCACAAUGGAACUCUUGAAGCAAUAUCAAAGCUGCAAAACCUGUUUGACUAGCAUUAUUCUGAAGCAAGAAAAUGCCUUAUCACAGCAAGUUUCUUACAUGGGAAAAGAAAACCUGCAGAAGAUAAUUGCUAAGGUUAACAUGGCAAAGGAGGAAUUUAACAGUUACUCUGAAGAUGUUGAUAGAUUAAACCAAAUGUGCAAAAAUCUUCAGUCUCAAGUGAACAAAAUGAAGAGUUUUGAGGAGCCCCCAUUUGAGAAUGAGGCUAAUGCUAUUGUGGACCGAUGGCUGGAUAUCAAUGAGCGGACUGAAAGCUAUUGUGAAAACCUGGAAAGAGCUCUGGCUUUAUGGGACAAGCUUCUUGACUUAUCCAGUUUGAUUGACGAAUGGUCAGAUGCAGUGCAGAAGAACUUAGAAGAUGGGAAUGUGACUGAAAAGAAAUUGGAAGAAUUGGAGGCUGAUGUCCUGUUCCAAGAAAAAGAGUUAGAGAAAUUUGAUACACAGGUGGAUGAAAUUCAGGAUCUUCUUAACAGCAGUGAACCCCCACUUGAACUACAGGUUAUUAAAUCUUCUCUUUUGAACAAAAUGGAGCUAAUAAGAAAGUAUUUACCAAAUAAGUCAGAACCUACAGAACUCAAGGGCAGUACAACAGAGCUGAAAGGAGACCUUGAUCUUGCCAAGUCUCAAAUCGGAAUGACAGAAUCGCUUCUGGAAGCUUUAUCUCCCUCUGAUACCUUGGAGAUUUUUACAAAAUUGGAGGAAAUUCAUCAGAAGAUUCUUCAUCAAAAACAACAUGUGAAAUUGCUUCAGAAAGAGACAGGCUAUCUGAACCCUGAUGUUAUUGAGUUAAAGAAGCUGCUGACAAGUAUCACUGACUUAUUUAAUUCAAAAAAACAAAUAUUUCAGGAUCACUUUAUAACUCUCUUAAAUUACCAGUGUAAGCGUUUUGAUGAUUGGUUCAGCAAUGUACAAAUCUCUCUGGAAGAAUGUUUUGACUCCUCUGAAACAAAAGAGAUGGCAGAAAAGAAAAUUCAUCAACUAAUAAGUUUCCUAAAUUUUGAAGACAAAGGCAGUGAUAUUGAUGAGGUGAAGACUAUUGUGAACCAGGUAAAAAACUAUUUGCCCAAACCAAAUGUCCAUCAGUUGAAUAACUGGGUGAGGGACCAAGAAGUGGAAUUGCAAAGAAUAAUUUCCAAAUGUCAGGCACGAAAAAUGGAGCUUCACUACUUUCUUCAACAGUUUGCUAGGCUUGAAAAGGACUUUAAGAGUCUGCAGAAGUGGCUAAGGACGCAGGAAGAAAAAUGGAAACAAGUUCAAAAAGAAAAGACAGGACUUGAACAUUUUUAUCAAAUUCUACUCAAACAAAGGGAGUGGUUUGAUUCUUUUGAUUGCCGGGCAAAUUAUUUGAAAAACUCAGGAUUUUUCAAUGAUGAAGCAGUUCUAGAAUCUGCCCAGUUUGUCAGUAAAUACAAGAGGUUGGUUAAUCAUGUACAGAAAACCCUUGGAGUUUCUGAGAUGUAUUGUGUAGAAAGAAAGCAUUUUGAAGAACUUGUCAGGAACAUUUUUUGCUGGAUGGAAAUUCUAAAAAAACCUGUCUUGGAGAUGAGUGCUGAAGAAUCUGAGAUACCACUGGAAGAAAGGUUGUUCAAAAUCCAGGAGAUUGCUUUGUUGAAAGUGGAAGGCAAUGCUAAAUUGCAAACUAUCAUAACUGUUGGAGAACAUUUGAAGUGUGACGAUAAGAGCAAGAACCUAGCUAUUGAGCAGAUAGUUUCUGAUGUCCACAAGAAGUGGGACUCCACUAUUCAUUUGGUUAUUGGCUGUCUGAGGGACCAGGAACAACUCCAGCAUCAAAUGGAACACGUGAAGCAGACAGAAGAUGCCAUCAAUGCAUUGUUUUAUGAAGUAGAGAAGCAGAAGCAAGGAUUAAAUGUUGAUAUUCUUCCCAAUUCACAGCAAGUGCAAAGUCAGCUAAAUAAUUAUUCUGCACUUCUAAAAGAAAUUGAAGGCCUAACACUUCUCUUAAAUGAACUAACGAAGCAGCGCAAUUCUUUGGAGAUAUGCACUAAUAGCUUCAGUGCUGAAUCCUUGAUGGCUUUACAGCAUCUCUACAAAUGUCUUCUUUGCCGAUUACAGAAUACAACUAAGCUCUUGGAAGGCUCUGUUGAGGGACACCAGCAAUGUGAAGAGUUGAAAACACUUUUGAUAACUUCCCUAGAGGAAUUGUGGGAGCCUAUGGGUGCAGAGCAAAACCAGGUACAGUAUGCUAUUCUUUGUCAAGCUGAAGACAGACUACAGGAGGUUGUUGCUCUAAUGGACUCCAUCAGUUUGGAACAGACAUGUGUGAAAGAUGACAUAGAUGCACCCCAAAUUAAGCCGAAGCAUCUUAAAACUAAGUAUGGACUUGAGCAUGAGACUGAGGAUAUCCAUUGUGAUAUACUCAAAGAUAAAAAGGAGAUGGAUAAUGAAACAACAAACAGAGAGAAACUGGUAAUUUCUAGCAUCCCCUUUGCUCCCCAAGAGGAAAAUCCCCUCAGAGUGAAAAAUCAACUGGAUAGAGAAGCUCCAGAAUUAUUUCCAGAAUGGUUUACAAAUAAAGUACAGUUACCAAGCUCCUUAGCACUUGGAUAUGAGGAGAGAGCAGCUGCCAUUACUGGGCAGGAAUUGAAAGGCAAUUUAAUGGAAGCCCACAAUUUCCAAAGUUCAGCAAGCCAGUGUGUAAAGCAGCGGCGGAAAUCAGAGCAAAUACUGGCGGAUGAUUAUCCCAAUGAAUCUCCGCAACAGCAGCAAGGCUAUCAAAAGAAAUUGCAAGCAACAUGUGCCUGGUCAGAAAUGCCUCAAACCAUUUUGCCGUUAAUGAACGGAAAGCAGGGUUAUCUCGAAGACCAAGCAAUUGCUGAGUAUGCUAAGCUGGAACAAAAGAUCAACAAAGUGAAGAUUUGGACUGCAGAGUUAGAUAUUGUGUUAAUGAAAGAUCAACUGAGAGAAAUGGAGGAUUUGUGUCUGCAGCUAGAAAAGAAGAAAGCCCAAGCUUUGUCAGUGUGGCCAGAACACUCAACGGUGGCAGAAGAAAGUCAGCCAAACCACCAGGGCGCCCACAGUGUUACUUCUUCCAGUUGGGACAGACUCCUGCAAGAAUUAAUGGCUGCUAAAGAAGCCAAGCAGAAUCAGUUUAAUUUAGUCAAUCGCUACCAUGAAUGUCUUGCUACUGUUCAGUCUUCAAUGAAACAUUUAUUAGCAGAAAAAGAAAAGAUAUAUACAAGGGGGCCCGUGGAAGACACAGUUCUUCUAGAGAAUUUGAACAAAUUGUUGGCGUCUCUACAAAAAGAAAAUAGUCUUUUAGACAAGCUGAAAACUGAACAAGAAAAUCUUUCUAGACAUUUGUCUACUCUGGACAGAGAAUUAGUACAAAGCCAGGUGGAUCAAGCAGAGCAGUGGUGGAAACAAAUGGGGGACUGUCUUCAAAAGAAGCAGUUCUGUGUUGCAGCAGAAAUGGAUGAGUUUAAGCUUUUCAUGGACAAAGCAGAGGAGCUCCAAAGAUGUUUGCAACAGCAACAUGAUUUGCAAACAGGCCUGAGUGCUCCUGGUACAGAAGAGCAUCCAUGCCCUAUAUCGAUUCCUUUAGAAUUGCACAUUCUUAAGCGAAACAUUUCUUUAUUAAAAAGAAAUGCAGAAGUACAGAUGAAAAGAAUGUGGAGCAAUCCAGGAAAAACAGCCUUAGACAACACAAUAAAUGAUCUUCAGAGCCAGGUAGAAGAAUUGGAGCAAAUAACCCCUAAAGAGAAUGUCCAAAUAACUGAUAGUCAUCCCCAGAUAUAUGAAAUAAGGAAAGAGAUAGAAGAUGCCAUUUUGGGGAAUAAAAUUUUAAUGCACCAUCUUGAUGAGAGGGCAGCACUCUUUCCAGAUGAUCUCCUCUCACAAAUUAAAUGUUGUAAGGCUGUAAUCAGUGAUGCUAAAGAAAAAGAGCCAACUUUUAUAAGGCUAGCAGAUGAAGCCCAGCAUGUUGCUUCUCACAUGCCAUCAAAGGAGAAUUCUGCACUUAGCAUCCUUUCACAUGAGUUGCAAACUGGUUACCAAUUCCUUAUUUUGAAAUCAUCUCAGAAGUUACAACAGCUGGAAUUUCAGCUUGGAAAAAGGGAAAAACUUUUUGCAAAUAUAGAGAAAUUUGAAGCACAACUUCAGAAGAUCGUGGCAGCAUCUAGCUUAGAUAUUGAUAAAACAAAUAUAAAGUCUGAAUUUGACCACAUGCAGAAUCUUUUAGAAAAGAUUCCCAAGAAGGUCCAGGAGAUGGAAGCCCUUGUAGAUGCAAACUGCAAAGAUUCAUCUGAAGGAUUAAAUACUUUUGAGCAACUGUUUUUAAAUGAUUGUUUGAAAAGUCUGAGAAGUAGAGCAAAGAGGGCCCAUAGGGUAAUUCAAAUUAAGGGUCGUUUAGCACAACACAAAAUGGGUGCCUAUCAAAAAUUCUCAGAAGAGAUAAGGGCCUUACAGCAGGAUCUAAGCAAUUUUCAUUUUGAUGAGCUGGAACUAAGUCCAGAUGAGUUACUUUCUAAGAAUCAAGCCAUAAAAGAUAAACUGAAUAUGUUUAAAGAGAGAACUUUAGCCAUCCAGUCACGUUUAUCAUACCUGGACCAAUACCAGGAGUUUUGGAAAUGGCUGGAUCCGAAAUGGGAUACAUCACCACUUGUUGAGCUGAAAAAUCAGUUCUGCAAAGCAAAGGAUAACCUUGACAAGAGAGCUAAAUAUCUGAAGAAUUUAUUUGCAGAACAUGACAGGCAUCAGAUAGUCCUAAGUGAGAUUGAAGCUAUAGUAUCUAGUAUUCAGAAAGAAUGUGGUGAUUUAAAAGAUCUUACCAGUUCUACUCCUGAAGCCAAUCUGAUAUUGGGGAAAAAAUUGAUGUGGCGAGUUGAACAUGCCAAAUAUAUAACUCAAGAAGCAUUCAAGCUAUUCAAGAAAAAUAAGUCAUUUAGUGUCUCUCUCAAAAAGGCCAACAUGCAGCAAAUAAAGUCCUUAGAUGCAAAAAUAGAUGGGCUGGAACAAAUUACCUGUUCUGUGAUAGUAGCUAAUCAAGAAAUAUGCAAGUACAAACAAGGUUUCCAGAGUAAGCUGGGCCACAGUUUAAGGACUUUAAAGCAAAUUCAAUCUGAGUUCCAGCAGCCUGUCCUACUUGACUUGAAAAUUCAAAUGAUUCCCUAUGAAAUGAUGUAUUGCAAAGUGCUUAAAGGUGCUAUAGAGGCAGAAAUUCAUUCUGCUGAAGAUAUAAUAACUAAAGAGAAAUCAUCUACAAAACAAAUAUGCCUCCAUUCUGAGAGUUUAGAUAAAGAAAUAGAGGAAUUCCAAAAUCUGAAAAUACAACUGAAAGCAGACUUUGCUAAAUACACAGAAGCUUUAGAUGAAGCUUUUAAAAUGGUGAAGCUUUACAACAAAGCUGUCGAAAAAUCUGCAGAUCUCCUCAGUCAGUGUGAAGCCUUUCUUUCCAUCCCAUUGCUUGAUUUACCUAAAUUAGAAGAAUCUCAUCUUGACUUUGCCAAGAAACAAGAAGAAUCCGAGUCUGCAAAGGCUGAAGUGGAGGCAUUAACCUCUACUCUGAAAAAGUCAAUUAAAUCAAAAGCCAAACUGCAGAUGGAGAAAACGCUUGAUGAUCUAACUGCUAAGAAUUUGACUAUAAAAGAGCAGAGCCAAAAGAGAAAUUCUUACAUACAGAGGUAUAUGGAAAAAUAUCACAGUUUCAAAAACUCCAAAGAGAGGAUAUGUGAUGAGCUUAACAAUGCAGAAAAAGUGCUUUGGAAGUAUUUGUACUAUAUUCCAGUAUCUUACAAAGAUUCUUUAGAACAUUCAGAACAAAGCAAGAUGCUAUUGUCCCAAUUACUUUCAACCAAAGAGGAGCUAAUGAGGUUGAGACGAGACUCACAGGCUCUAAGCUUGAUGUGCAAAGAAAACGAUGGAGGGUUGAUUGUACCCAUUGUAUCAAUGCUGUGGCUGAAAUGGCUCUGUUUGUUCAAUAUCACAAAAGAAUGGGAAGGCAAAUGUGAAGAACAGAACCAAGAAUGGAAAUCUGUCAGUGAAGAACUGGAACGAGAAACAAUUAUUCUAGACAGUCUUCAAGAAGAGCUGCCUGAGAGCGUCCAAGACAAACAGCAAGCAACCAAAGAAGAACUGGAAGAAUUUCUGGAAUCCGCAAGCAAUUAUAUAGAAAAUUUGGAUACUGAGAAAUUAUUGCUACGCUUAAUACUUUGCCGAUUAAGGUACAUUUUGAGUGUCCCUGGGAGUUCGUCUGGAAAGGAAAGCCUUCCUAUUAUCUGUGAAAUUCAAAACAUGCAGCAACGAACAGAAGAGCUCUGUCAAAAGGCUCAAACAGAAAAAGAGGCCACGCAAUUCGAGAUGGCAUACCGGACUGAGUGCAGUGAAGAACUGAAAGCUAUGAAGACUUCAUUACAGGGCAUCAUAUCCCAACUCUGUGGCAUAGAUUUGGAAACCCCUACUGAAAAGGCAUUGAAACUUGAGGAGAUUCAGAGAGUAGUUGAUAGCAAGAAGCAGAUCAUGGACAACCUACAAACCAAGUUCACUGAACUAUAUAGAACAGUCCCAGUUGGUAUUGAAGGGCAUUUGGAAGACUGCAAGGAAAUGUUACGUGACCUGGAAGAAAAGGUCAGCACAGAAUUUCUGAAAAAUUCUCCUCACUACAAUACAGAGAAAAAAAUAGAAGACAUUAACAAAGGUUUGCAAGCCAUUGAAAAUAUGUUACAUCAAAAGAGUGAGAACAUUGCAAAAGCAAAAGAAGUUCAGAAGAGAAUCUGGGAUUUGAUAGAUCUUUGGCAUUAUAAAAUGAAUGAACUGGAUUCAGAGGUUCAAGAUAUAGUGGAGCAAAAUCCCCACCAGGCUCAAGAAUUGCUAGAUCGAUUGAUGAUACCCCUGCAACGAUAUCAACACGUUUCACAGCAUGCUGAGCGUAGAACUACAAACUUGAACAGGGCUGCUAGCAAGUUGGAAGAAUGUGAUGAGCUCCUGAAAAGCAUUAAGGUUUGGCUUGAAAACACCAGCCGCCUCUUAACAGAGGAAGUGAAAAGUGAUUCUGCAAAAGCUUUGAAUAAACAUGCCAGUGCGCUUGAGAUGGCAUUAGAAGAUUCACAACAAAAGCAAAGUAUUCUUAGUGCCAUUUCCCCAGAACUGAAAGAAUUGUCCCCUUUAAUUGAAACUGACAAUAUGGUGCAGGAAUUGACAGAAGUAAAUGAGCAAGUUAAAGCCUUACAGCAAAAGAUAAUGGAAAUUCUUCCAUGUAUCCAGCAUUUGGCUGAUGAUGUUGAAGCUAUUGAAUCUGAAGUGAAAACAAUGGAGAAGGACAUAGAAAAAAUAAAGACAAUAUUGUCCCCCUCUGAAGACACACUUGAUCUUUCUCCUAAGGAGCAUCUUAAACAUUGUAAGGUUAUAUUGACCCACAUCUGCCCCAUGAAGAAGGCUGUGGUUGAAAUGCAAUCCUAUAAAGCAAAAUUGAGAUUGACUGACAUGAGAAUGCAACCUCUUUCAGUAUUCCAAAGAACUAAACAGCUUUUGAAAGAGCUGAAGGUUCUAGAAAGACUCACAGAGAAACAGAACACUCUACUUGAGCCAAUUGUAAAAGAAAUAGAAGAAUUCGAGCAACGAAUUGACUUCCUAAAGCAAAGCCAAUUCCCAAAGAGUAAUUUAGAUGAAUUGCCCUCAGAAAAUCUGUGGCCGGUUCAAGACCACACCUUCCUCAAGGUGUUAGAAAAUCAGCUUGCUGUGAAGUCUAAGGAAGUGGAUCAACUGAAAAACAAUCUUGCAGCUUUAAAGGAUUGUGCUGAUGCUGCCAAGAAAAUAGGGUUCACAAUCACCAAUUUGGCUGAAAUGAGAACUAGCAUUAUCAAUCAGGUUGCACAGCUUAAGUCAUCUACCGAGUCUGCUUUAGAGUGCUGGAAGACUUAUGAUGAAGUUUGGGAUGAAAUCAGGCUGAUGCUUGCAAAUGCUGCAUAUUGCCUGGAGCAUAGCAAGAAUCCUUUCAUUACAAUGAAGUCACUGAAAAAGCAAGUGGAAGAUCUCCAGUCCCUUCAAGAUAAAGCUGAGAGAAACAAAGAAAUCUGGGCUAGGCUCCAGACUGCUGCUGAUAACUUGAAGAAAGUGUGUGAUCCCUCAUUCUCAGAGAUUAUUGAACAAAAACACGAAGAGGCACGCACAAGGUGGAUAUUGACAAACCAAAAUAUUGAAGAAACACUACAAAAAGCUCGUGCACAUUUGAACUUGUGGGGAUUCUAUACAGAGCUUUCAGCAAAACUAGACAAAUGUGAAGAACAGUAUGAUUCCCAGUUGAUGCCUGAUACAGUCUCAAGCUGCACAAUGGAUAUUCUUAAGGAGAAGGCAGAGAAUAUAAAAAGACUGCAACUUGGCCUUCAAGACAUCAAAGAAUAUUAUCUUCAGGCUUCCAAAUCAGGCGAUAGUAUAACUCUGUUAGCUGAACCAGAAACACAGAACCUUCUUCAGGAGAAAUUCCAGCCACUUCAAAGGAUCUCCUAUCUGGAAAAGAUGCUACAGAUGAAAGCAGAUGUUUAUCAAUAUGGUCUUUUACAAAUGGAGAAUUUUGGGAAUUCCUUGGAAAAACUGGAAAAUCAUGUUAAAAAUUCCACAGAAAUACUGGACAAUUCAUGUGAAAACAAUAAAAAUUUGGAGCUACUCAUGAGCCAGUUAUUGAGUCUUACAUCUUUGUCUCCUGAAAUGGAGAGAUUGAAUGAAGUCAGCUUUAGAUUGCCACUCUGUGACUUCACUGUAAAGAGAUUACAAAACCUUAAUCGGCAGUGGACUCAGAAAACGGCUCUAGUUCUGGAGCAGUGCAGUGAACUGCAGAAGGAUCAAUCAGAUGACAAGAAUUUUCUUCAGCAAUGUCAGAAUUGGGUGCAGUUUCUAGAGAGAAUGAAGGAGAGUCUGAAAGAGAACAUGCCAGCUACACUUGAGAAGCUGCAAGAACAGCAGAAAGAAUAUGAGAUAUUACAAACAGAGAUUUCCAUUAACCAGCAAAUUUUCAGUUGCCUUGUGUCAAAAGCUCUGAAUAUGUUGGACUCAGAAGAAGCAGAAAACAGAACUGAGUUUAUCUCCAGGCUCACUCUGCUGAAGGAGCAGUGGCAGAGUGCAAUGCGGAUGGCCCAUCGGAAGAAGAUUGACAUUGACAGCCUUGUAAAGCAGUGGCAAAAAUUCACAACCUUACUGCAAGAUCUCACAAAAUUCCUCAUGGACACAAGCAGCUACAUAGCUGCUGUGAAGAGCCAGGAGAAAUAUCGCUUGGAUCAAAUUAGGAACCUGAAUCACAAAUUCAAGAAUAAGAAAAUACUUCAAAAGAGGUGGCAAACCAGAUAUUCUUUAAUCUUGGAAACUGGGGAAAAGUUACUUGGCAUGGUAGCCCCUGAAGCAAAGGCUGCCAUGCAGCUGGAGAUGAACAAGUUGCGAGUUAAUUGGGACAACACACAAUUUCAGCUGGAGAAGAUUACCAGGCAAUUUCAGGACACCAUACAGACCUGGGAGAACUGUGAAAGCCAAGUGAAGGAUCUGGGUCAUGUUUUGCUGGAGCUCAAAGGAAGCAUAAACAAACCUCUUCCUAUAGAACAUGAUGCAUUGCCAGCAACCUUGGAACAAGUAAAGGUGCUGGAGAAAGCACUCACCAACUGGAGCCAAAAUGCAAAAGAACUUGAUGCACAAAAGGUGAAACUGGCUCAAUUUAUCCUCCCAGAAGAUGUGAUGGUGUUGAGAGAACAAACUGAACUUUUACACAGCCAGUGGGAAGAACUCUGCCUCAGAGUUUCUCUGCACAAGCAAGAUAUCGAGGAACAACUCAAUGCCUGGAUUGUGUUCAAUGAAAAAAAUAAGGAGCUGUGUACUUGGCUGAUGCAGAUGGAAGAAAAAGUCCCUCAGUCAGCAGAUAUCAGUAUUGAAGACAUGAUAGACAAGCUGCAAAAGGAUUACAUGGAGGAAAUCAAUCUAUUUAAUGAAAGUCAACUAGUUCACUUCAAGCAAAUGGGCAAUCAGCUGAUCAAGUCUAGCAACCAAAGUAGAGGGGCUGAAAUUGAAGAGAAACUCAACAAAAUUAAUGACCGCUGGCAACACCUCUUUGAUAUCAUCGGAGGACGAGUGAAGAAGUUGAAAGAUACCUUUGCUUUCAUACAACAGCUGGACAAAAAUAUGAGUCAUCUUCACACAUGGUUGGCACGCAUUGAAUCUGAGCUUUCUAAACCUAUUGUUUAUGACAUCUGUGAUGAUCAAGAAAUACAGAGGAGACUCGCAGAGCAGCAGGACCUGCAAAGGGACAUUGAACAGCACACAGCAGGUGUGGAAUCAGUCUUCAAUAUAUGUGAGAUCUUGCUGCAUGAUUCUGAUGCCUGUGCCAAUGAGACUGAAUGUGAUUCAAUCCAGCAGACAACAAGGAGCUUAGAAAGGCGGUGGAGAAACAUCUGUGCCAUGUCUAUAGAGAGGCGGAUGAAGAUUGAGGCAACUUGGCGACUAUGGCAAAAGUUUUUGGAAGAUUACUCUCGUUUUGAAGUUUGGUUGAAAACAGCAGAGAAAACCGCAGCUUAUCCCAACUCUUCAGAGAUUUUGUAUGUAACAGCCAAGGAAGAGUUAAAGAAAUUUGAAGCAUUUCAGCGGCAAAUUCAUGAACGACUAACCCAGCUGGAAUUAAUCAAUAAGCAAUAUCGGCGGUUGGCCCGUGAGAAUCGCACUGAUUCAGCUAACAAGCUCAAGCAGAUGGUUUAUGAGGGUAAUCACCGAUGGGACAAUCUUCAGAAACGUGUCACAGCAAUUCUCAGGAGACUUAAGCACUUUACCAGUCAGUGGGAAGAAUUUAUGGGAACAAAGGACAACAUCAUCCUGGUGUGGUUAACAGAAAUGGAUCUGCAGCUGACAAAUGUGGAACAUUUCUCAAAGAGUGAUUUUGAUGACAAAAUGCGGCAGCUUAAUGGUUUCCAGAGGGAAAUAAUGCUAAACACCAGUAAGAUUGAUCAGCUGAUUGCUUCUGGGUUGUAUCUGAUUCAAAAAAGUGAACCAGAGGAUGCCAUUAUACUCGAAGAAGAACUAGAAGAAUUUUAUAGUUACUGCCAGGAAGUGUUUGGCCGAGUAGCCCGAUUCCACCAAAGACUGAUAUCCUGGCAUCCAGGACUGGAAGAUGAAAAAGAGUCUUCAGAAAAUGAAGCUGAUUCAGACCAUGCAAGGGGGAUGGAAGUUGAUCCUUGGCCAAAGAAGAUAGUUCCAGAGGGGCCACCAUCGCAGCAGUCUCUCUGCCACCUCAUACCUACUGCAGGGGGUCCUGAGAGGUCUGGCUGUGAGACCCCUGUCAGCGUUGAUUCCAUUCCACUGGAGUGGGACCACACCGGAGAUGUGGGAGGGUCUUCCUCCCCUGAGGAUGAGGAAGAGGAUUCAUUCUUCAGCGCACUCUCAGAUGUAGAAAUCACUGAACAUCCUGAGGCAUAUCUUAAAAUGACCACAAAAGCUUUGAAAGCAGCUUCUGGGAAAUCUGCUGAAACUCACAUAUGGCAUCCUUCAGAACACCCAGUUUGUCGAAAGCAUUCGUACAACCAGGAAGAGAUGGUUAGAAGUGUCUUAUCAAACAAUGAGGAUUCCAGCACAUCCUACAAACCAGGCAAUGUGAUACCACUGAGCACUAGGAGUGUGGAUGACAUAAAAGACAUUUCUAGGAUCUUGCCUAGUAAAGAUUCUCAAAAUAGCCAGAACUUCAUUAGUGUCUCAGGCAUAGAGAAACAGCCAGGAACUAUUGAAAGAUGGGAACUCCUUCAAGUUCAAGACCUAAGCAACAAGCUGAGAAUGAAGCAAACGUGGCAGCAGUGGCAACAGCUGAAUGCUGACCUUACCAACAUUGAUAUUUGGCUUGAUAAAAUGGAAGAGGAAAUGGAGGGGUUGCAGGAGGAAGAACCACAACCAGUGAACAGUAUUCAGGCCAUAGACCAGAGAGUCAAGAAACUGAAGGAUAUGCUUAAAGCCUAUAAUAACUACAAGGCCCUUGUACUGUCAGUUAACCUGACAAGCAAAGAUUUCAAGCAAACAGAUAGCACUGGAUACAAGGAGCUUCAGAACAGACUUCGACGGGUAAAUUUACGAUGGGAAAAGGCGAAUAUUUUACUGGAAAACUGGAAGAAGAAUUUACAGAAAGCUCUGAUUCAUUGCCAGGAUUUUCAUGAACAGAAUCAGAAACUGCUGCUGUGGCUGGCUGCUGCAGAGACACGGAGACACCAAGCACAAGUUAAGGAGCCAAAUGCUGAUCCUCACAGAAUACAGGAAAGUCGAAAGGAAUUAAUGCAACUGGAAAAAGAGCUUCUGGAACGGCAGCUCCAAGUAAAUAAUCUACAGGAAAUUGCUGAAUACUUGCUUGUCAAACCUGACGGAGAAAAAUAUAUUGAAGCUAAUGAGAAGGUCCAUGUUAUUGGGAAGAAGCUUAAACAGCUUCUUGAAGGAGUUUCAUGUGACUUAAAGGCCUCACAAGGAAGACAGGAUGUAAGUACAUUUCAGGUGAAUGGGGAAGAAUUGGAUUCUGGAAGCUAUCAUCAAUUAUCAGAGAAAUCUCCCAUUUCUAAAAAUAAGGUUGAUGAAAAGAAGAUCCUGCAGAGUAAUACCAGCAGCAAUGUUAGGAUGGGGGAGAAGGAAGAGACCAAUUCGUUUGCACCCAAGAAGCAUGCUUUCUUCUGUCGUGUCCUUCGAGCAGCAUUACCUUUACAAUUGUUCCUCCUUCUCUUGUUGUUUUUGGCCUCCUUGAUCCCCGUCUCAGAAGAAGACUACAGCUGUACUCAAACCAACAACUUUGCUCGUUCUUUCUACCCAAUGCUACGAUAUAUUAAUGGACCUCCACCAAUUUAAAGACAUUCAAUUUUUUAGUUAAUAUUUUCUAUGGAGUCCUCUUUUUAUGCUGCUAGAGUUUGUCCAGAAUUUCAGUUCCUUAGUAACUUCAACCAGGGCUUAGGAGGCACUGAUGAGUAACAUUGACAAUAUUAUGUGGAGAUCUCUAUUGCACUCAACAGGAACCAAACUAG